UCAGCAAAACGCUUGCUUGGAAAAUAAAAGCGUUUCGUUGUUGCGAAAUAGAAACUUGACAUAUUUGACAAUUUUCGUUUUUCAAGAUGACGUUUGUAAACUUAUAUUAGUAAAAUCUUUUUCAAAGGUAAUUUGACAUGUGUGUGUUGAAACAACCCAAAGAUUAGGCUCUGUCAUGCACGAUUGUGUUCACUUUUGUAGCCAGGCUGAAUUAGUCAGUGUUCUGAGAUAAGAUUGAAGAUUGUUAUAACUCUAAAGUUUUCAGUCACUUAAAGCUAAUAAGUUUUUUUUGCAUCCUUAAAAAAAUCGAUACAAAUAAUACUUUGAAAAUACAGGUGUCCAAAACAUAGAGACACUCUAAAAAUAAUUAAUGUACAAUCUUAUACAGUUCUCAGCGCAAAAAUGAGUGAUGAUGGUUCAACAGGAGACGUGGAUCCAGCCCAGCUGGAGAGAGAUGGGGUCAACUUUGCACAGCAGGCUGUGUCAUAUGACAAUGCAGGGCAGUACCAAAUGGCUGCCUUCUACUACAUGGAAGCAGCAGAAGCCUUAUGUAAUGCGGCACACAGUGGCUCUAAAAUCCCAAACAUAACAGGAAAGGCAAACGAGUAUAAUGAGAGAGCACAGCAACUGAAGAGUGCAUCAACAAAUACGCAGCCUCAUUCCACAACCAAAACAUCCCAACAGUUGGAGGUGGAGAGGGCCCACUUUCUGAUCAAGCAGGCGUUUGAUGAGGAUGAGGCAGGGAACAUCGAGGGAGCCAAGGAUCUGUACACAGAGGCUGUGGAGCUGUGCAUUAACAUUAGGGAUUCAUCUACAGAUAAAGCAUUACAAGACAAAGUCACCAAGUUAGCUACAAAUGCUUUGGAACGGGCAGAAGCAAUAAAGAAAUUACUGUCUCUGUCACAGUCAACAUCCCCUACGCUACCAAAAACAGAUAUCCAGCCAAACCCGACCAACAAGCCUGUGACCUCUACAGGAAAGGUUGUCCCGCCGUUGGGAUUUGGGGCCUUCGUUGAUUGUGAUGAUAAUGAAGGUCAAGGAUCAGCGGGUCAAAAAGUCACUAGGGCAAGGUCACAACAAGGGUCAGGGGCAGUAAAUGUAGGACCUGGUGGAUACACAAAGGAAGAGAUUGAUGUUUUGAGAGAAACCUCAAACAUCAAUGGCCGGACCUAUGUACCCUUCAUGGUUACAGAUGUGAGAGAGAAGUUUGCAUUUCCUGUGCCUUUCAGUGACAAGGAUGGCAAGCUGGCACUGUCUGCCAAACAGAAACAACAGAUUGGCAAGUGGGUCCGUCCUGAGGACUUCUGUGACAACCCUCAGAUGAUCUAUGCAGUGUCAGCAUUUAGUAUACGACAGACGGUGGUAUCCGACUGCAGUUUUGUGGCAUCACUGGCAAUCAGUGCACAAUAUGAACGCAGAUUUAAAAAGAAGCUGAUAACAAGCAUUGUGUACCCACAGAACCGUGAGGGGGACCCUGUGUACAACCCAUGUGGCAAAUACAUGGUCAAACUAAACAUCAACGGAGUUCACAGGAAAGUGAUAGUGGAUGACUACCUGCCAAUGAGCCAAUACGGGGAGCUACUGUGCUCGUAUUCCAACAACAAGAGCGAGCUCUGGGUCUCCAUUCUUGAGAAAGCCUACAUGAAGGUCAUGGGUGGCUACGAUUUCCCAGGAUCAAACUCAAACAUUGAUCUCCAUGCAUUGACUGGUUGGAUACCAGAAAGAAUCUCAAUGAGUCGCGGCAGUGACCAGGACGAGAGGUUUGACAAGGAGAAGGAGUUCAAACGAAUCAUGGACAGGUUUCACAAGGGUCACUGCCUUGUCACCGUGGCAACAGGAGACUUGUCAGAUGCCGAGGCCGAUAGGGCUGGUCUUGUACCUACACAUGCCUAUGCCAUGCUUGAUAUCAGGGAAGUACAGGGGAAGAAACUAUGGAUGCUAAAGAACCCCUGGAAUCAUCUUCGCUGGAAAGGGAGAUUCUGUGAGACUGACUUGGGUAAUUGGACUCCUGACCUGCAAAAAGCCUUGAACUACGACCCUAAAAAUGCACAGACAUUUGACAAUGGUGUGUUUUGGAUAGACUAUGACUCUCUUGUACAUUUCUUCGAUGUAAUCUAUAUCAACUGGAACCCAGAGCUGUUCAAGUUUACAACGUGUAUUCACAGCUCCUGGGAGGCCAAAGAAGGUCCCAAGAAGGACCGUUACAACAUCAGUGACAACCCUCAGUACAGACUGGAGCUGAAAUCUGCCCAACCCUCGGCUGUUUGGUGUCUCUUAACAAGACAUAUCACUGAUAAGGCAGACUUUGCAGACAACAGGGAGUUUAUAGCGCUGUUGGUCUAUGACACGGGUGGCAAGAAGAUAUUCUACCCUCAUGAUCCGCCACCAUAUAAAGAUGGUGUCCGUAUAAACAGUCCCCAUUACCUGUGUAAACUAGUGGAGAACAAGAAGAAUGCAACAUAUACACUGGUCGUCUCGCAAUACGAGAAGAAUAAUACAAUACACUACACACUUCGGGUCUACGCUACUUGUGAAUUCUCGCUGACCAAAAUAGCAGAUCCAUACAAAAAACAGUAUGAGAAAAGGAUCACAGGACAAUGGAAGGGCAGCAUGGCCGGGGGCUGCAGUAACUAUCCAGACACGCACAAGAACAAUCCAAUCUACCAGGUGAAGAUGGACAAUAACUCCACUGAAAACUACAUGCUGGUGGAACUGUCCGGACCAAAGGAGUACAGUGUCGGAUUUGAGGUGGUGGCAGUGAGUACGAAUGUCCCUUGCAGCUUUACCAAAACAACGUCAGGAGAUUUCAGACGCGGCUACACAGUGUUACAACUAGACAGGCUUCCAGGUGGGGUGUUCAACAUUUCUCCCUGCACUUUCAAGCCCCUAGAAGAGGGCCCUUUCUUUCUGGACCUCAACAGUUCUGUGCCAUUCACUGUUACCCAGCUUAGAUAAGAUCUUAUCAUCGCAAUCAAUAGCUACAGACUUUAUUGAUCUAACACAGUUAUACUUAUUGACCAAUAAACAAAAUUAGUUGUUUGCACACUGUAAAAUCAUAAGAAUCCUUGGAAAAUUAUUUUUGUUUAUUUUGUGGGUUUACCGAUCCCUGAAUUUAACACAAUGAAAAAAAAUACCAAAGCAGAGUCCUCAUUUUUUCCAAGGAAAGAAAUCCAAGAAUUAACAUGUCCAUGAAAAAGGCAUUUUUUAAAAACCAAGAAAUCUCAUGCCGACGAAUAUAAAUGAUUUUCAGUAUUUUUCAAUUAUUUUAUGUCUUGUUUGGUGAUGGUGUGAGGGUUAACCCAUUUAUGCCUAGUGGACUCUCCCAUCCUUCUAAAUUGGAUCAAUUUAUUUCCAAAAUUAGGGAUGUCUAGUAUAUUUAUUUCUAUAAUUAGAAUAUUUCUUACAGAAAUUCCUUUAAGCAAACAGCGCAGAACCUGAUGAGACGCUGCAUCAUGCGGCGUCUCAUCUGGUUCUACGCUGUUUGCCAAGGCCUUUUUUCUAGACGCUAGGCAUAAAUGGGUUAAUCUUUUCCCACUAGAGGCAAAGUGAAAAUUGCUAUGUGCAAACAGCUUAAAAGUAACUCGCUAUUCAGGCUUAAUUUUGUUUGCUUCUAAUCAAAAUCUAAGGGUUGGAAAUGAAGCCUUAAAAACUUGAAUCAGGUAAGAAAAGUCUUUAAUUAAAUAUAACUUUAUAAGGGACUACAAAUGCAUAAAAAUAUGUGUCCAAGUGGUAAAGGGUUAACUCUGUGUGUCAUAACCUUCAUGACUUGGUAAGUUUGUUAAGAACUGUAAGUCAGCAAAUAACAUACUUUUACAUAUUUGCUUUUACAACUGGAAUUGUGUGUGCAAUUUUUAUGAUCAGAUUUAAAGCAUUGUUUAUAUAAUGCCACCUUUUUCAAGUUAAAAUGUCUUAUAUGAGUAUUGCAACUUGCUAUAUAGUAUGACAAUAUGUGGGUUAGGUAAGUAUUUGGCACUGAGCAGUCUGCUCAGGUGUUAUGCUGUUUGCUGCUCAUCGGUAUCUUCAGGUUGGAAUAAAGCCUUUAAAACUUGAAUCUAGUAAGAAAGGCCUAUAAUUAAAUUUAACUUUCUAAAGGACUGAAAAUGCAUCAAAAUACGUAUGUAAGUGGUAAAGGGUUAACUGAAAGUGGAACCAAUUUUUUUGCGCAAUGAAAUAAGUAUUGAUUGACGUCUUGCAUUCAAGUUUAGUGUGUAGGUAACUUAAAUCAAGACUUUACUUGGGAUUGUAUUUGUGACCUGUGGGGUCAAGGUCAAUGUGAGACCUAGCCUGGGAUUUCCUUUGAGGCCUGUUGGGUAAAAGUCAAGGUCAUUGUUAUUAAAAAUAUUAAAACAAAUAUUUUGCCUCAAUACUCGCAGUGUGGAUGGAGGUAUUGCACUGAAAAUGUGUGUGUUGAUUGGUUAUAUGUAAAGUUAGAAAAAGGGCUAGAAUAUGGGCCAGUCAGACAAAGGUCAAUAUCUAUGUUUUUUUCUCAAAAUAGAUAAACAGUUUGUUUGAAAUAAUUUGAGCUUGGAUAAAGGUAUUGUGCUAAAAUAAUUUGCGUAUGUAGCAUACAUGCAUACUUACAUAUUGGAAUACUUUUGGAUGUGUUCGAUUCAGGGCCAAUGGUAUGAUAAAAAUACCAAAGGUUUUUAAUCAAUUUCUUUAGUUCUAUAGGGAAAUUAUGUGCCUUGGUUGCUUAAAACAUGUUGACCUAGUGUGGAAUUGCAUUUUUGGACCAGUAGGUUCAAUGUCAAUUUCACUGGAACUUAUUAUAUAGAAGCUUUUUUUGCACACAAAAAAAUACUUAGUUUGCACAAUUAUUUUAAAUAAAUAGAUUUAUACGUUCAACGUUAAAGAGGUCUUUUAAUGGCAUUUCCAUGUUUCUUGUUGUCACCUAAAGUUAUUUUCUUUGUCACUAUUUUUAUAAACAACAUUUUGAUACAUUUUAAUGGAUCAAAGAUACAUAGACUUGUAAACCAGCAUAUUUUGUGACAAGUUAGCUAGCUUGUUUUUGCAUUUGAUGCUUUUGUUGAUGCUUACAAGGAUUAUAAUUUUUAUUGGUUUCGGGAUAGGUUUUCACAAAAAACGUUAUAUAAAAAAAUGUCAAAAGCUUUUUGUCUGAUAUUUUGUUUCUGUUGCUAAACAUAAUUUAAUUCAUUUGAUAUUUUUAAUAUGUUUGGAAGUCAAAGCAUUUACCUCUUUAUUUAUUAAAAGUACUUUGCCACAGCAAUGCUCCUUUAAAACAUUGAAUUAUAAGCAAGCAAUGUAUUGAUAAAACUGGAGCUGAAAAGUUUAAGGUAAUCAUUUUUCACUACCUGGUACUGUAAAACUAUUUAAUUUUAGUUGAAGCAGUCCAUGCCAUAUUUAUUUAUUGAAUUUCCUUAUUUUAAGCCCACCUUCGAAGAAGAGGGAGUAUAUUUUUUUGCUGGAUGUCGGUCUGUCUGUAUGUCGGUCUGUCGGUAGACCAGUUUGUUUUCCAAUCAAUAAAUCGUCAACAAAUUGGCUUGAUACUUCACAUGUGCAUAGGCCUUGGGCAGCAGAUGACCCCUACUGAAAUAAGGGUCACAAGGUAUAAGGUCUAGGUCACUGUCACAAGUGUGAAAAUUGUUUCCUAUCAACAACUCGUCAACGAAUUGACCAAUUGGAUCGAUACUUCCCAUGCAUUUGCAUGGGACAGUGGAUGACCCCUAUUCAAAAAUGGGGUCACUAGGUCAAAGGUCAAGGUCACUUUCACAAUAAGUGUGAACAUAGUUUCCGAUCAAUAACUUGUGUCAACAAAUUUACUGAUUGUCUGGAUACUUCAAAAUGUGCAUUGGCCUUGAACAGUAGAUGACCUCUAUUAAAAUAUGGGUCACUGGGCAAAAGGUCAAGGUCACUGUCACAAUAAGUGUGCAAAUUGUUUCUGAUCAAUAACUUGCCAACAAAUUGACCGAAUGGCUUGAUACUUCACUUGUGAUUGGCCUUGGACAGUAGAUGACCUCUUGUUAUGAUAUACUAUGAUAUUCUCAACCCAUUUACUAUAACGAUGAUUUAACAGAAGUGCUUAAUUCUGUGUAAACUAAAAUCUUAUGUUAGACUUAGUUGCUAAGUCACACUUCUAUGAAAAGAUAAAUUCUUAUGGUCUUUUUGUUCCAAAAAAUCAUUCGUAAGCCUUUGGGGGGGGGGCAUUUGUCUUUUACUGAGGAGGUCUUGUUAUGUUUGAUACUGUUUAAUACAUGUCAUAUUAUUGUACAUAAGAAAAUACUACUUGAUAAAAUGUAUAUUUACAGCAGGUGUUUGUUUAAUGCCUCUGACAUUCCAUCAAGCAGAUUUAAGCCUGUUGACCUGUUCUGCCUUGAUUCAAAGAUCUUUCAAUAAACACUCGUCUACUUAUAACAUGUUAACUUAUAAAUCAAGACCAAUUCAUGCUGAGUCUUUUUUAUCUGAGGAAUUAUUUUGUUAAUCAUCACCAAAUACCAAAUAUAUUAAUAGCAAACAAACUGUUACUGAUUCUUUAAAUGAUAUUCUUGCUUUUAAUAUUUAUUUUAUGUAUUGUGCAAGUUAAAUAAAUGAAUGUUCACAAGACAAA